AUGUCUACCGACUCCAACCGUGUAGCGGGACCUACUAUCCCAGAAAGGUUCCUGGAUGUUCCAUCUCAAAGACUCUAUGUCCUGAGUCUUGCAGCUCUGCUUCAGGCCAUCAAACUGUUUGACUUCUUUCGUUUCCUGGUCACAGACGAGAGCCAAGCGUUAUACGGAAGAAAAUGGCUCAUAGCUGAUCUCUUAUUCUGCCUAUGUCUAGCGUGGCUUCGUAUACCACGGCUCAGAUACAGCAAAUCCGUGGUUGCAUUACAGAUAAUUUCUUUGUGGCUAGUCGACGGACUGAUGUUUGGAGGGAUCACGGUGAACCUCGGAGGGCGAAACCCGCUCGCGGGGAUGUCCUUGACAAAACUUUCUGGAUUACUGAGCUACCUGCCUGAUGUCGGUCUGGGUAUUCUUGGAUCCGGCAAAGGUGACGAUGGUCAUCUCCUCGGUCAACAUACUGUUCGCAUGUCGCCAAUAAGUACGGCCCGCUUGAACCCGUAUGGGCAAACCUUUUGUCUCGCUUCUCCGGGCGACAGCGUGCUUAUCCCUCUACUUCUCAACAAUACGAAUGCCUACAGCGUUCAGUAUUCACUCGUCCCACUUGGAUACAAUGAAGAUUCUGUCGAGGGGGAGAAAAACAAGGUCCCGCAAGUCGAGCGAAUCGAACUUGCCACGAAAGAUAUGCAUGCAAUUGAACAAUCCAGGCAGAAGGCGCUCCAGAGCACGCGCUCUGCUUCCAAGCGGAACCCAGACGACUUUGACGAAUAUGAUGACGAUGACGAUGAAGAACUCCCACAGGCAUUCCGCUCGCCCUCUCUACAGAAGACUCAGACACUGGUUCACAUCCAGCUAAAUAAGCCUGGCAGAAUAGUGCUUGAACGUGUCGUGGACAUUUCGAAGGUCGAUGCGCGGUUAGUGUAUCCAGGAGAGAUCACUGUCGCUCCUUGUCCACGAGCGGAGUUCACGGAUAGUGACGUCGCAGUUCGCGGAGAAGAUGUACGUUGUGCAUUGCCUGGCCUUAGAAGCGGUGCAGGCGAAGAACUCGAACUCGAGCUGGACGUCUAUGGCGUCCCGCCACUCAGUCUCCGUUGGUACAAGGAAGUUGGUGGCAGAAGGGAGUCCUUUAUGGUCGAGGGCAUCGAGAACUCAGGACAUGCUCAUGGUCUCUCAGCAGAUGACCAAAGAGCACUCGUUGCAUCAGGAGGCAGGAGCCCCGUCGAGUUGAAGAUCCCGCUACUGGUCACUCUAGAUGCUCUCGGCACCCACACCUACGUUCUGGAGUCGGUGACAGACGCCCUUGGCAACGUCGUUCAAACAGGACUCGGACUCUCAACGAACAAGGAGUCAAAGACGCGUCGCUCCGUAACUGUUGUUCGACGUCCCAGUGUAUCAUUCCAGGGCUGUGGACCUGGUGUUCCCGCUCCGCUGCUUAUUGGCUCGGCUGCUCAUUUGUCUGUAUCCGGCAAGGACGCUGAUCCUCUCGAUGCUCCUUGGGAUAUUGCCAUUAGGUAUCAGCCACCAGGUCCGGAAGAGCGCUCCUCCAGUAAGAAACUGAAGGCGUGGACGAAGAGCUUCCAGACACCGACCGAUCAAAAAGAGCUCACCGUUCGCGCCGAAGUUCCUGGAGAGUACACGAUCAUGGGAGUUAAGGGCAAGUACUGCGAGGGUGAUAUCUUGAGCCCGGAGACAUGCAAGGUUGUCGAACGGCCGUUACCUACGGCCGAGAUUGAAUGGAAGAAGAUUCAUGAAUGCUCGGGAGACAUAGGCGUGUCCGCCUCCCUCGUCCUUCAUGGCACACCACCUUUCCAUGUCUACUAUCGUACGCAACGAGACAAGGAGUCGCCUGUGACACAGUCGAAGAUGUUCGCCAGCUCUCGUGGGGAGCUCACAAUACAACCAGAUCGCAGCGGCCACUACGUCUUCCAGUUCGUGCAGAUCAGCGAUGCCAACUAUAAGAAAGUGGACCUCAAAGGUCCGAGCAUUGACCAAGUCGUCCACCCGCCUGCAUCCGCAGAUUUUGUCAACAGUAUCCAUGGCGGAAGGGGCAAGAAGCAAAUCAAUAGUUGUUCGGGUAGCCUGGUCGAUGUUGAUGUGGAGCUUCGCGGCACUGGCCCCUGGAACUUGGAGGUGCAAAUUGUAGGCCCAAAGGGUUCUGAGAUCGUGCGGGUGCCAGCUAUCACAGCAGCUAAAAAGACACUGCAAUUGCCAAUACCGAAAGUCGUCGAUAGGGAUGGCGGCUCUUUCGAGAUUGACCUCGUUAGCGUUGAGGAUGCAUACGGCUGCAAACGCGCCUUGUCUGUGCCAGGCAUUGUGGUCAACGUCCGGAGAAUUCAGCCUACUGCGCGAUUCUAUGGGAAAGACAAUGAGCGUCAAAUUACGACUUUGGACAACGAGCAAGCUAGCCUGCCACUUCGCCUUACAGGUGAUGGACCAUGGCAUGUGAAGUACAGACGUGCCGAUGCACCUGAUCGCAUACUGACAACCACUGUGUCGAAUGCAAACGGGGAAAUCCAUGUCAGAGACAAGGGGCUUUACGAGCUGUUGGAGAUCGCGGACUCCCAAUGUCCGGGCACUGUCAUCACCAGCGGGGUUUCAUACAGAGUAGAUCACAUACCUCGUCCAUCGGCCAAACUCUCCUCAGAGAUACGCUCCACCUAUGAGCCAUUCAAUGGUUCCCAUAUUCUCCCACCUAUCUGUGAAGGUGUCAACGACCAUGUUGACUUAGAUCUAUCCGGUAGGUCAAUACUGACCGCACAGUACACUGAGGCGCUGACCAACAUUGUUAUGAUAGGACGUCCGCCAUUCCAGAUCAUGUACAAUGUUGCAAAGGACAACGGAAUGGGCGGUACAAAGAUUUUGGAUCAACCAACAUUCAGCAGCAUCCAGCCUCGCACGAGCUUCCAACUGCACACGGACGAGGCUGCUCGCAUAUAUUACGAGGUGAAGCAGAUAGGUGAUGCAGCCUAUCCAUUGGCCAAGAAUAAGGAUGCCAUAAUUCCUCGCUCGCAACGUCUCCUAUUCGAGCAACAAAUCCUCAUGCGUCCAUCCGCCCGAUUCAAAAACCACAAUCGCAUGUCUUAUUGUCUCUACGAUGCAUUCACUCCGGUCGAUACUUUCGGUCAGGACGGGGUGGUGGCGCUGGAGGGUACCGCACCGUUCCAGCUCAAGCUAUCGAUCCGGAAUCUAGCGACGAGCGCAAUACACUAUGCGCUGGUCGAGCUGCAGGACACAACGUGGCGACUCGAUAUUCCUUCAUACACGUUCCACUCUAUUGGCCCGCAUCUUGUGACUAUCGAGUCGGUUCAGGAUGCGUCGCACUGCGAGCAGGCGGUCCCCGAUCCGCUCUUCAGAUCGAUCUGGGUGGACAUCGCUGAGACUGCAGCCAUAGUACCAUUCGACAGGAGACAGGACUUCUGUGUUGGUGAGGCCAUCCAGUUCCAGCUGGAAGGCACACCGCCGUGGAGUAUCGGGUAUACCAUCAACGGCAAGGCGCGAACGCAGGAGGCGAAGAUCUCCCCGUUCAGCAUCGUUCAGCAACAGGCCGGCGAUUUCACCAUCAACUCCAUCGCGCACCAGCAGAAGCAGUGCAAGACGGCCAUCACGGACCUACGGUACAGCGUACAUUCUCUACCGUCUGCAAAGGUCGGGGAGGGCAAGAUGGUCUCCUCGAACAUCCACGAAGGUGACCAAGUCGAGAUCAAAUUCGAGCUGAUCGGAGAGCCUCCGUUCACGUUCACGUACCAGCGGUCAGAGCUGACCACGAAGAAGGGCAUGCUAGGUAAGGUGCUCGAGACACACACUGUCUCCGGUGUAACAACUAGGGAAUAUUCCAUCUUUUCCGCAUUGGAAGGUACAUGGACGGUCACGUUCAUCGCCGACCGCUAUUGCCGUUAUCCUCCAGCACAACCAGACGGUGUACUGGAUAAGUUCAGAUGAAACGACCAGUACCUCUAAUUCAAAAUAUCGCUGCGCAGCAGCAUCGAGAAUUGUAUCAUUAGUAGAUUUUGCCUUGCUGUGAAUUCGUUGUAGUUGGACACGACAUUGUUACUUUCAAUUUCAGCAUCCUCGCAAUCAUCA